AUGCAAGUUACUAACCUGCAGGAACCACCAAUCAAUGACUUCCUACGCGACGACAUGCUGCUCAAGGUGACGGACUCCAACCCAUGGUACGCAAACAUUGUGAAUUUCAUGGUUGUAGGUUAUGUACCACCUGGGGAAAACAAGAAAAAGCUGAUCUUCGAGAGCAGACGUCACCUUUGGGAUCCACCGUACCUGUACAGGGAAGACACCAGAGAAUUUAUUCGAAGGUGCCGAAGAUGCCAGCUGCAGGGAGGCAUCACUGCUCGCAAUGCAAUGCCCCUCACAUACAAUCUCCAAGUUAAACUAUUCGAUGUCUGGGGUAUUGACUUCAUGGGACCAUUCCUAAAGUCCCAUGAUUGUGAGUACAUCCUGGUUGCUAUGGACUACGUCUCCAAAUGGGGGUCCCAUUUCAUCGACAAGACCUUCCGUCGCUUCCUAAAAGAACUUGGCGCAAGACACAACAUUGCUACACCCUACCACCCUCAGACCAGUGGACAAGCAGAAACUUCUAACAAGCAAAUCAAGAGUAUUCUACAGAAAACGGUGAACAAAAUGGGUAAAAGAUGGAAGAAUAUGCUACCUGAUGCACUUUGGGCAUACAGAACAACAUAUAAGACCCCCAUCGGCAUGUCACCAUAUCAACUGGUCUACAGGAAGACGUGUCAUCUACCAGUUGAGCCUGAGCACAGGGCCCACUGGGCCAUUAAGAAAUGGAACAUGGACUACAAGCUCGCUGGGAGGAAUAGACAAAUGCAGCUGGCAGAGUUAGAGGAAUGGAGAGAAAAGGCAUACCAUAGUGCCAAGAUAUACAAGGAUCGUACCAAAAGAUGGCACGACAAGAGGAUCAAGCCCAAGGAGUUCAAGCUAGGUGACAAGGUAUUAAUGUUCAAUUCCAGGGUAAAACUCUUCGGAGAAGGAAAACUUCGCAGCAAAUGGAAGGGCCCGUACACCAUCGUCAAUACAUCUUCUCACGGGGCAAUCACACUCCAGGAUGGUGACGAAAUGAAGCCCAUGCACUACCUGAUCACCUAG